UUUUAAUUGAAUUUUUUGAAUUUGGAAAAAUGUGCUCUCCCUUCCCUUUCCGCUCCCCCUCCCCGUCCAAUAAUCCUUCCUACCAAACAAAAGAAUUUAACUCACCUUCUUCUCCACUCCCUCCAAGUCCCAACUCCAAACCUCUCCAUCCCUCCAUAAAUUCUCUCUACCCAAUACCAAACAUAGGCUAAAACUAUAUAUAUAUAUAUAUGUAGGAGUUGCUGAAGUUGAACCUUCUAUCGUUGCUUCGGCAACUAUAUAUUAUAAUAUACAGUACUUAUAUCUCUCUCUUCAGUUUCGUAGUUAUCUUCUUAUUUUUCACCACAGCUAAUACUAAUAGCUAUUCUUCCCUAUUGAUUUCGUAACUUGCGAUUCUCUUCGCUGAUCAGAGCAAAGAAAUUCUCUCCGGUUAUCGUUUCGAUUUCCCUUCACCAUGGCUUACGAGGAUGAUCCGUACCGAGAUGAGAAUGGCGAGCCACUGAUGGACUACGACGACGUGCCUUCCGAUACCGAUCAAUCCCCGGAGCGCAAUCAGCACCUCUUAGAUGACGAUCUCCUUGAGGAUGAUGAUUGGCAAGGCGCGCGAGAGCGGUCACAGACCCCGGUCCAUGGCACUGCGUCCGGCUCGAAAUCGAAGCCCAGAAAGAGGCUUAUUAAGAAAAGCCAUUCCACUAGGGAGGAUGUUGUGGCCCCGGAAUUUAUCGAUGAUGAGGACGGCGAUGUUGACGCUUUUGUUGGGGAUGGGUCAGAUGGAAAGAGGAAGAAGCUUGGUGGGGGUGGGAAGGAGAAAGGACAUAAGGGGGAAAAGAAGUUUGGGAACAAAGCUGGGUCGAGUUCGCGGUUGUCGAAGAGGGGAUUCUCGGAUAAAGCGGCUAGGGAUCAGGAUGGUGAGGUCAAGGAGCUGUGGGAUACUAUUGCUGGUGGUGAUUCCGAGGAUGAUCAAGAAGGUGUCAGAACUAUGGAUGAUGACAACUUUAUAGAUGAUACUGGCGUAGAUGCUGCUGACCGGUAUGGCAGUGACAAUGAGCGACGCUCUCCUCGUUAUGCGCCUGAGGCAGAAGAGGUUGAUGAAGACGAAGAAAUUGAUCAGCUUUUUAAGAUGGGAAAGAAACGAAAGAAAAAUGAAAAAAGUCCUGCUGAAAUUGCAUUGCUAGUUGAGAAUGUCAUGGCUGAGCUUGAAGUCACAGCUGAAGAGGAUGCAGAACUUAACAGACAGGGAAAACCUGCCAUUAAUAAACUCAAGAAGUUGCCUCUGCUUACUGAUGUUCUCUCAAAGAAACAGCUUCAGCAGGAGUUCUUAGAUCACGGAGUGCUAAAUUUACUUAGGACCUGGCUUGAACCUCUUCCGGAUGGAAGUUUGCCAAAUAUAAACAUUCGUGCUGCAAUUUUGAAGAUUUUGAAUGAUAUUCCAAUUGAUUUGGAGCAGUAUGAUAGAAGAGAGCAACUGAAGAAGAGUGGUCUGGGAAAGGUCAUUAUGUUCUUGUCCAAAUCUGAUGAAGAAACCACAUCAAACAGAAAGCUUGCAAAAGAAUUAGUUGAUAAAUGGAGUCGACCAAUAUUUAAUAAAAGUACGAGGUUUGAGGACAUGAGAAAUGUUGAAGAUGAGAGAGUUCCAUACCGAAGGCCUAUGGUCAAAAAGCCUGCGAAUAACUCAGCGAGAAUGGAAUCUAGAGAUGGUGAUCUGGAAUUAGAUGAAUUUUCUAGGGAGCGCAAAUCUGGUCAAUCAUCAUCGAGACAACUCACUACAAGGCCGGAAGCAACUCCGAUGGAUUUCAUUGUACGGCCACAGUCUAAGAUUGACCCAGAUGAAAUUAGAGCCCGUGCCAAACAAGGAAUACAGGAUCAGCGACGGUUGAAGAUGAAUAAAAAGUUGCAGCAGCUAAAGGCACCGAAGAAGAAGCGGCUUCAGGCCACAAAAAUUAGUGUGGAGGGUCGCGGUAUGGUGAAGUACUUGUAAUAAUGUGACGUGAGCUUGAAUAAUUGGAAGAGGGGUCUUGUGGUACUAUCUUUCCAAGUUGUACCGAAUUGUGAUCGUGGGGGCAUAAACGAGAUUAAAUUCUUUCGCUACGAACCGUUUGAAGCAGUGAAUGGUGAGAGAAUUUAAAGAUGUACUGCUGUUGUAUGUGUGGCCAAAGCAAAGGAAGAGAAUUUCUGUGCCCCAGUUUAUGGCCCUUUAUAGGCACAUUCUGCCUUCCUGUUCCUGGAUUGAGUGCUCUGAAUAGGAUCAAUCCAGGUUAAUAACGUCCUUGUUAGCUUGGCUAUUUUGGGGUUGUGAAUUCCCCCUUGUCCUUCUUACUAUGUUCAAACUAAUACAAAUGCGGAUUUUUAUAAUUUAUUCAUUUCCUAACUGGUUGUUGUAUAUCAUUUGCAAAGAAAAUUGAAACAAAAAACCCAAUUUGUGAGGAUAUAAAUUUUGUUCUGUA